AUGAAGGAACAAAAGCCCAGUCCGGAUCAGAUACAAGAUGUCAUGGAUGCAUGCGAUUGCACAGCAGAGAAAGCCGUGUACCUCCUUGGACGUGCGAAUAAUGAUGUCGCCCGGGCCAAAAGGCACCAUUACUUGUAUACUCGUUUCCUUCAAUCUCCGACCCCCCCUACGCCUUCGACUCCCUCGUCAGAAUCUAUGACGCCUGGGCGAGACCAAGAUCAACAGUCGAAUAGAAGCUCGAGCCACAGCUUUGGGUCUAAGCAUUCUAGAGAAGAGGAACACGCACCCAGACCCGAGUCUAGAAAGUCGCAACCUCCAGCUCCGGCUGAAACACCUCAGUCGCCCGUCGAAGGUGGCGCUGGAGCCUCCCUACAUCCCAGCGAAGAGUUGAAUUCGCCCGUAUAUGGUAUGCCCGGUGACAUGAGUCAAACAAGCCUCCCUUUGAAUCUUUUGCAACCCCAACCAGCAUUGGAUACCAAGAACGCGACCCCAGAGUCUUCCGAGAUGGGGGAUCCUGUGCCCACUGAGCCAGUGGAAUGGGAUUUUAGUUUGCCUCUUCUCCCACAUCCUGGCGAUCUCUCACGAGUGGUGAUAGAAGAGAAUGAUACUUUCAGCCCCAGUGUUCUUGCAGCUGCGGUCCAACAUAAUGCAGCACCUCAGCAUGUUCGAAACUAUCUCGACUUAUAUGGACCAGAAUCCGUGAAAAGUCAGAUAAACGACGAGGUGGACGGUAUACCGCCCGUCUUCUAUGCAGUAUCAUCCCAUAAUGAUAGCCUGAUACGACUUUUACUGGACUAUGGAGCAGAUCCUUCCGCCCUUCAUGGCCAAUCUGGCGUCCCAUUGCUUGCAUUUUCCAUUAUCCAUGGGGAGAUCUCCCAAAGGGACACGUCCAAGAUAGUGGCCAUACUUCUCAGCUACGGUGCUUCGCCUAAGGUUAUACCGCCUUGGAUUUACUCACCCUAUGACAGAGAUCAGUCUGGAAAUCCACCAAUCGAGGCUUCAGUGGAGGAGGACAACAAAUUGACAGCCUGGUGCACAGACACGGCAACGAAGAAGUUAAGCAAAGCAAACAUUACCCAGAGAUAUUACCUAGACAGAGCCGCCAAGACCAAACCGCCAUCCGAGAAAAGACGGCAAGUGGCUCGUUUGCGAAACUCUGAAAGGCUCCUUGGAAUUCCGUACUUCAUCAUUGGCCAGCCCAUUGCGACUGAUUUCUUGAUACGCAGACUGGUGGCUUAUCUGACGUUGCCAUCAAAGAGACCUCUGGUUCUUUGCUUCGCCGGCCCCAGUGGGCAUGGCAAGACCGAGCUUGCUCGUCAGCUAGGCAUGCUCCUCUCUUUGAGCCUAGAGGUUGUGGAUUGUACGGUGAUGAACCGGGAGAUCGAGCUUUGGGGCCCGCGGGCGCCCUACUCCGGCUCGGAAAAUGGAUCUCCUUUGAAUAACUUUUUGGCAGCUCACUCUGGAAGAAGAUGCAUCGUCUUCUUGGAUGAAUUUGAAAAGACCACGAGGGAGAUUCAUCAAUCACUUUUGCUUCCUUGGGAUAAUGGUGAAUACCGCGAUAGGCGCAACAAUAACCGGAUUGAUUGCUCUAACACAAUCUGGAUCAUGGCCACAAAUGCCCUGGAUGAGACCAUUCUUGACUUCUGCCUGAAGAAUGAAGUGAUCUUUGGACAGGAUCAGUCAGAGCAAGCUCGACUCUCCAAGAAGCUCUCUCGCCAACUCCAAGAAGAUUUCCUCCAAUAUUUUGAUGCACCAGUAACCGGGCGGGUGUCCGAAUUUGUCCCCUUUUUGCCGUUUACGCCCGGAGAACAAGCUGUAAUCACACAUAAAUGUCUCUUAGAACUGGCCGACGACCUUCGACGACCAGUCAGCCUUUCAAAGGGGCGCGAGGAACAGCUUGUUGGGAACAUAAGACUGUCAAUCCGGAAAGAUGCCACUGUCUGCCUCGCCUUAGCCCAGGAACAUUACCAUAAAAAGCUGGGCGCGCGUAGCCUGAAAACCGGCGCAAAAAAGGUCGAGCAGGUGAUCCUAGAUGCGUAUCUUGAUGAAGAUGAAGAAAUAAAAGAGACUGGGGAGAUGCGUGAUUUCUUUAUUGAUUACCAUGCCGGCGAAAUAAUUGCGAAGGCUGGAAGGACCAUCAAGACUUAG